CUUCUUCUUCUAUUUAGUACAACAAGCUUGGAGCUUUUGCAUAGCGGUACGCGGCAUACAUGUCCAGGGCGGAUUCCUUAUUCAAGGAAUUUUUACGAGUUUCACGUCUUUUCUACUUCAUUCAUGGCAUUUGGUCAGUCAGAAUUCGGCCGAUUCCCGCUUUUUACCAUUUGAGUUCACAGCGGGCGGAGAAUGCCACUCUUCUCGUUUCCUCUCUCCCUCGCCGUCACCGUCUCUGUUUUCUGUGUUUGCAAUCAAAGACUGGCUGGUUGUAUCCACAGACACGCAAAGCAUCCGAUCUAUAUUUUUUUUUUCCAAAGCAAACUGUUUACUUCCGAUUUCAAGAUAUCCCCCACACGCACUGCUAGCUCAUUUUAUCGCAUCCCUUUCCACGUUUUGUCUCUCCUCGGCUUAUCCUCUCCUCUCCCCUCCCCUCCCCUUACCCACCCACACCCACCAACCCGCACGAAACGGAGGAAAGGAAAGUUCGAAUCGAAUCGCUGUAUGCACACAAUCGCAUCAAUCGUUUGUCUGUCUGUCUGUCGCUACCCCAUCAGAGCUUUUUUCCUAUCGGGCAAUGAGGGGAUGGGAUGUUGUAUGUAACGGACGUCUCUCUCCCUGUGUGUGUGUGUGUGUGUGUGUGUGUGUGUUUAUGU